UACUUUUACCCAAUUCAACCACAAGUAUACAAAUUAAAACUCUCUAAAGCUAUCGAAAGUGGAAAAAGAAAAAUUAAAAAAAAGGUAAACACAAACUGAAAUAAAAGGAUAUUAAAAAAAGAGAGAUAGAGAGAGAGAGAGAGAGAAAAAGAGAAUCGCACUGCACUGCACAAGAGCACAAAGGGCAGCACUCAGACGCGUGAAAAUCAUUAAGAUCUGGUCUAGGGUUCCUCAAUUUCAAAGUGUAACUGACGCAUUAUAAUUCAAAACCAUUAAUUCAUUGUUUUUAGCACUUCUGAUUUGAAUGAAUUCGCGGUAGGUGGGAGGUGAAUUUGGGGAUUUUACGAUUUUAUCUAUCCAAGGGUUUGAGCCGGAAUACUUCGGCUUUGGUUUCGUUAAUUUUGAGAUUUUUUUGGAGAAAACAAAUGCCGGAGGAGGAUUUGGUGGAGCUCAAGUUCAGAUUAUACGAUGGAUCAGAUAUCGGCCCUUUUCGAUAUUCACCAGCUUCGACUGUUGCUAUGCUCAAGGAGAGAAUUGUGGCUGAGUGGCCUAAAGAUAAAAGAAUUACACCAAAGGCAGCAAAUGACGUGAAAUUAAUAAGUGCUGGCAAAAUUUUGGAAAAUAACAAGACUGUUGCCCAGUGCAAGAUGCCAUUUGGAGAGCUACCGAAUGGAGUUAUAACCAUGCAUGCUGUCGUACAGCCAUCUUUAGCAAAAGCAAAGACAGAGAAGAAGGUCGACGAGGCUCCAAAAAAGAGCAUCUGUUCGUGUUCCAUAUUGUGAGAGUGUAAUCUUGAUUCGGCACUUAUCUUCUGGAUCGUCAGAUUGUGAAGUCCGAAAAGACAAUAAUUUGUAAACAGUACAAUACUCAUUAAUGUUCCCUGUAUGUUUGAGGCAAUUUCUGUGUUUGUCAUCAUGUAUGUGCUUUUCCUAUAAAUUUGUUGUUUCUUGUAUAUUUGUAGCUGCAGAUUAUUUAUAUACUACGAGAACACAACACAUCUGUGGGGGAUCUCUAUUACCCUCGAAAACGUUUUACAGUGGCUGGGAUUUCUGGUGAAUACAAAGUAUUUUAUUAGCU